UGUUCACGAGGAGGGAGCUGCAGCAUCCUGCAACGCAUCUAACUCUCAACCUGCCGAUUUUAUAUUCUCGAAGUGCCUCAUUUUCUCCCCUGCUGAACAGUUUCACAUGGAUUAGCUGUUCACUCUGGUUCAUUGCCUCUUUGUCCUUGUCAUUAGUGUAUCACAUCAUUCCAUUGUAGUUUUCCUUCACUGCUCACAUUUCAUCUGUCAGUUCACUCAGUGUCUCAUUUUCCAACCCCCCUCCCGUUUCUCUGAGUACUGCAUAGUGGGAAGCUGAAGACUUCUCAGUGGACGGGACACGCAGAGGGCCAAAGAAUGGAAUGCUCUCUUCUGCCUACAUUGCUCACGGCUCCAAAGACUGAGGUUAAACGGCUUAGUUAGCAGUGUGCCUCUCCCCCUAGAACUUGCACAGCCAGGGGAGGAAGAGUGUGAAACAAAAGAGAAGUGGAAUUUUUAUUCCUUAAAAAAAAGCACAGCACCUUACUUACAUUUAGUUUAGAUCGGAAUUAUUUAUUUUUGGAUUGAGUUCUGAACCUGUUUAGGAGCGGCCGCAAAGAUGGAUUUAGAGUCGUAUCUGUGGUUGGUCAUAAUUGGCUUCAUCAUCGCCUUCAUCUUGGCGUUUUCAGUGGGAGCCAAUGACGUGGCAAACUCUUUUGGCACAGCAGUGGGCUCGGGGGUAGUCACAUUGCGCCAAGCCUGCAUCCUGGCUUCCAUUUUUGAAACCCUGGGCUCCAUGCUCCUUGGGGCCAAAGUGGGUGAGACCAUUCGGAAGGGGAUUAUAGACGUCAGCUUGUACAACGACACGGUGCCUAUAUUGAUGGCAGGAGAGGUCAGCGCCAUGGUCGGGUCUGCGGUUUGGCAGCUCAUCGCCUCGUUUCUGAAAUUGCCCAUUUCUGGAACUCAUUGUAUCGUGGGAUCUACUAUUGGCUUCUCCAUGGUGGCUAUUGGCACUCAGGGAGUACAGUGGAUGCAGCUGGUCAAAAUUGUUGCCUCCUGGUUCAUAUCCCCUCUGCUGUCAGGCCUCAUGUCUGGUCUGCUCUUCUUUGUCAUCAGAUAUUUCAUUCUUAACAAGGAUGAUCCUGUUCCAAAUGGCCUCCGUGCUUUGCCCCUCUUUUAUGCUUCUACUAUUGGCAUCAACACUUUCUCCAUCAUGUUCACAGGAGCUCCUUUGCUGGGGCUGGAGAUGCUUCCAGUGUGGGUCAUCGCUCUCAUCACCCUGGCUGGAUCUCUGGUUUGUGCUGCCCUGGUCUGGAUCAUCGUGUGCCCCUGGAUGAGAAACAAAAUAGCGAGUCGGCUGGAGAAAGAGAACGUUCUCUCGCGUAUCUCCGACGAGAGUCUAGAUAAGAUCCCAGAGGAGGAAGAGGAGGCUCCAGUGUUUAAAGAGCUUCCAGGAGCAAAGGGCAAUGAUGAUGCCGAACUGCCCUUGACUGGGGAAUCCACUGGGGAGUUGAACAGUCUGGCCAACGGAGGCACCGUCCUUCCUAAUGGCAGGGUGUAUGGCCGCACUCACUCUAUGACCAACGGUUGCCUGAAGUCACCUGUGUCCAAUGGAAGCUUCAGCUUUGAUGGACACGUUCGCAGCGACGGUCAGGUCUACCACACUGUGCAUAAGGACUCCGGCCUCUACAAAGAUCUGCUGCACAAGAUCCACGUAGGCCGCCUGGAAGAUGAACGUGCCAACUCACGACCCGACAACAACUACCGGGUCCUGCGGCGCAACAACAGUUAUACAUGCUACACAGCGGCCAUUUGUGGUAUGCCCGUGCAGCCUCUGAUGCGCUCUGAGUCCAGUGCCCCACCGCCGGAGGAUAGCGAGAAACUGGUGGGCGACAGCGUCUUCUACUCUAAGAAGCGCCUGCGCUAUGACAGCUACUCAAGCUACUGCAACGCUGUGGCCGAGGCUGAGAUUGAGGCUGAGGAGGGUGGAGUGGACGUGAAGUUGGGUGCCGAGAAACACGAGCCAACGCCCCCUGCUGGAGGGGCACUGGAGGACUGCGCUGACGAGGAUAAGGAGGAGACGGACAAGCCCCAGGUCUUCCUGCUCUUCCAUUUCCUUCAGAUCCUCACUGCCUGCUUCGGUUCUUUUGCGCAUGGUGGCAACGAUGUCAGUAAUGCCAUCGGUCCCCUGGUGGCUCUGUGGAUGAUCUACGAGCAGGGUGGGGUGAAGCAGGACUCGGCCACCCCCGUGUGGCUGCUGUUAUAUGGUGGAUUGGGCAUCUGUGCUGGUCUGUGGGUGUGGGGCCGCCGUGUCAUCCAAACCAUGGGCAAAGACCUCACCCCCAUCACCCCCUCCAGUGGAUUCACUAUUGAGUUGGCUUCGGCGCUCACUGUUGUGCUGGCGUCCAAUAUCGGACUCCCAAUCAGUACCACACACUGCAAGGUGGGCUCGGUGGUGGCCGUGGGCUGGCUCCGUUCCCGGAAGGCGGUGGACUGGCGUCUGUUCCGCAACAUCUUCCUGGCCUGGUUUGUCACGGUCCCUGUAGCAGGCCUGUUCAGUGCUGCUGUCAUGGCCCUGUUUGUCUACGGCAUCCUGCCUUUCGUAUGAGAGGGAGCACAAGGGAUAGAGAGAAUGUAUAAAUGAGGCGAUGGGGGCAAAGGCAAGAAAAAAAAAUCAUUAGACCGAAAGACGGUAAGAUGAGUAGAGAGAUUGAAAUAGAGUUGAUGGAGAUGAGGAGAUGGCCAAGGGGGUGGGGGGGGUGUUUAAAAGCUGCCUGGGGAGCAUCCAGAAUUUUCUGACGUAUUGUUCUUUGUUUUAUCUACAAGUAUUUAUUUUAUUUUUCUUUUUUUCAGUUUUAGCUGUUGUAAUGUUAGCAAAAACAGUAUGUCUCAUGAAUCAGUGCAUUUCAUUAUCAAAAAAAAAAAUGUCUCUAAACCUGUGGGCAGGCAGGCAGAGUUUGCUCACGGUCAAGGCUGCGUCUACAUGGUGAAACGGUCAGAUGCGCACAUUUGAACAGGCACGCACACACCAGAAGUGCAUGUAUUCUUAAAUGACCACUCACAAUAUCAUUACACAAGAAAAGAGGGCUCAUAAAACAACAUAUGGCAGAGUGUAAUCAGUCUGCUACAUUGAAUGACGCACGAGUCUGUUCAAGGCUUCAUUUGUUCUACACCAUACUGGAUGUAUAUCAUAUACCAUAUACACUGAAAUCCAGGCCAUGCAAAUAAUAUACUACAAUAACUGCUGUAUCUGCCGGAGCUAUGAUUUAAGGUCCAUAAAAUCAGCUAAGUGUAAAUACUGUGUCAUACAAGUUUGCUUACCUCAAACAACUCUCUGUCAUCCAAAAGCAAAGCUAGUGAGUAAGUCAAAAUAAACGCAGAGAGUGGAGUAAAACACUUAAGACUCAAAUUUUAAUCAUCAUUAUGGGGUAAACGGAACCCUUUUAUCAUUAUAUUUAUACAGACAUUUCCAUAAGCUUUUUUUAAAUAGAAGUAAUAAGAAGGAUAUCACACUUUUAAUUAUGUAUGAUAACAUUUCUACUGUACAUAUUUUCCACGAUGGACUUCGGAUAUAUCUUUAUUUGCUCUUUCAGUCUCGGUGUCUCUUAAUAUCAUAGAAGCUUCAGUGUUGGGCCGGAGUAUGGACAGAUACAAAGCUUUGACAGAGCAGUUACACACUGCUGGAGAUGAACACAAAGAAAUAAUAAUGAAAAAAUCACAAGACCAUGACGAUUCAAACAAAUCCAAAAGCUGCAACACCCAAAGAAUUUGAGUCAUCUAAAAGUUUGAAUCCGGUCCAGUUAGUUUGACAUCUAAUUUUGAAAUUUGGGUGUUGUUUUGUUUAUUAAAGCUCAUAAUUAAGCCAAAAUUCCCUCUUAGCAAUGCAUAUCAUUUCCUACUCACUGGAACUGGGGGAUAUCUUAACACUGCACAUAUGUAAUGUUUAGCUAAUCAAUGAUGAAUAUUGUACGUUACAAGAUUUUGGAUGCAAGACACUUAACAUUGUCUGAAACCAGACCUGUGAAUAUGUCCUCACUGAUUUAAGAGCCGUCGGAAAUGGCUUUUUUCUGGUGUGCCGAGAACUGUAACAUAUACAGUUCUCAAUAAUUCACUCGGCUCUUUGUAGAAAUGUUUUACCAAAGACUUAAAUUGCGAUUGGAAGCUUUUUUCAGUCUCCCAUUCGUCCCUGUGUAAAGUUACCCGAGAAAUCGUUUAUCUGCUCGGAGACGCUUUUAACGCUUCCGAUGAGUAUUAAAUACAACAUCGUAACGAAACAAAAUCCAGAAGUGUAUUGGAAUGCCUGUAGACCCCAUUCAUAAAAAUAAUACCAAGAUAAUGCCUAUACGUGCAGCUACAGCCAAAACCUACUAAACAGCACGUAAUGCUGUCCCAUUGCACAAGCGUACGCACACACUCACAUACACAACCACCAUUACUACACCAGCAUUCGCACAUGCUCUUUUAGUAAGGCAGUGUCAGACGCUGUGGAUAAACACGGCCUCUAGUGCACAAAUGUGGUGAAUUACAUUAACACUGCAGUGUCACGUGAUGUAAUCCCACUGUUUCUCCAUGCAAAGUCCUGAAGACAUGCAGCUGAUAAGACACUGAGACGCCUCAGCAAUAUCAUUCAUCAGACAGGACCGUGUGCAGCCGUCGUCUUAUCUGUUGUCGCAGAGCCACAGAUGGAUCGAGAAAGAAAGAGUCUGGUUGAUUUCUGACUGCGAGGGCAUGCUUUGGAACCUUUAGUCAGAACGCGGCCAUGCGGGCACAGCAUGUGUGGUCAGAUGAGGUCAACGUAGCGAUAGGUCAGUGUCGAUGGUUACUGGUCGUUCGGUUUUGUUUGUUGUUUGCUUAGCCAGGUUUGGCUGAUGUUGAAUUAAGGACAGCGGUUUGAAAGACACCUUAAUACUCUGCCUCUGGAUAGUCACCAGAUUUGUACGUGUGGCUUUGAACCAAUGCAAAGUGUUAACUUCUUUUUCCUCGUGUGUGUAUUAUACUUUUUGUUUUUAUCUUUCAUCAUGAACAAAUCUAUGCUUCAAUGGCCAUUUGCCUUGUAAUAUUGUGCUUUACUGUUUGUCAGAUACAGUAACUUCAGUACUGUGGUGUUUACAUUGUCAUAUUGUAGAAAUAACUCAUUACAGUUGCCUAAAAAUGUCAACGAAAGACAAACUAUUAACUACAAAUGAUGAAAUAACCAGGAAUAGUGCAAGGUGUCUCAUGUCCUUUCAUGUUUUAGUUAGUAGCGGUGUGAAAUAUGAUCAUGUGUUACUCGUACACCGCUGCACUUAGGAAAAAAAAAGAAAUAAUACUGAAAUAAACUGUACAUGUUGGGUGUGAUUUAAAAAAUAUUAAAUCAAUAGAUAUAUAAAUUUCAUUCAAACUAUAUUUUUCUACAUAUCUGAGUUUUACCUUGAGUGCUGACUUUUGUCAUGGAGAGUGAACUGGGCUCGAACAAGUCCUGUUAGACAUUAAUGUGAUGUUGAGAAAUGGAUCUAAAAUAUGUCCUGAUCUAAUGGUUUCUUAAUUAAUGCAAUAUAUAAGAGAAUAAUUCAGGUAAGGGUUUUAACAGACUAAAAAUCCUGAGGGAUACUUUGAGAGAUUCCAUAUAUCCAUCGAUUCUUUUGCCCAGGGAACUUUCUCCUUUGUUUGAGAGAACGAGAGAGUGGUUGCUAAUUGUUCAAAUUCAGCGAUGUUCAUGAUUAUUUUUGGAAAGUAAAGGAUAAAAAAAACUUUGUAAUUUUGUUUCCCUGCAUUGCAAUAGUAAGUUGCCAGAUAGAACCUCCACAGCGGUGGCGUCACCACUGUUUAGACAGAUGGGAGCACAGCAAAGCGAGGUUUUUCACCAGACCCGUCACUCUUACAAACCAGCCGGUGACAUUACCUGCUUUUCGGCAGUUGUUCUUUCUAUCGCUGGCAUAUUUAUGUGUAUAUAGCGAAAUUUCAUAUGGCCAAUGUCUCUCAGAGUAUGCAGUAGCAUGCGUGGCCACAGGAGGGUAGCAUUUAAAAAAAAACACACACAAAAAAAAAAAACAGACCCCUCACUUAGGACAAAAGUGCCAAUGGCUAUGCUUCGUGGAGCUUCAUAGAAAACUCGCAAAACCCUUCGGAAAAUCUGUAAAUCAUUGUGGUUACAAAACAAACCUGAUACGAAUUCAACCGAUCAGUAUACAGUAUCACAUCUGGAAUUUUUGUACAAGGAAACUAUCUAGUUACCGUAGGGGAAAAAGUGAAGGUUCCAGUUUUCUACUCGGCAGCAUAUCGACGUUCUCCCUUAGUGGAUGUACUGAUUGCGUUUAUUUUCUAUGUUCUCAUCCGCAUUUAAAACUAGACAGAAUGUAGCCUACUCCUUUGCUGGCCUGCUGACGCCUGCUAUAUGUUGUCUCUGUACUGCCAUGCUGUUAGUGCCAUGCUGUAAACUGUCUGGUACCCUCUUAAGACAAGGCUGUAGACCUAACAAUACUACCCUUAACUGCAUAUGUACUGUAUUAUUGUUUUAUUUCUUUUGACUUUUUUUGUGAGAGUUGUCUGCAUUUUAACUAAUUAAAUUAUGGGAAUUAAAAUUACAAAGAAUAA